AUGGCGACGACACGGCUCCUGGGCACGAGCGACAUCCCAGCAGAACACUGGCGAGCGGCGCAAUUGAUCGACCGGACACCAUUCAUAGCGUCGACGUUCGAGCCACGCGCCCAAGCAUCGUACUGCAUGUACGUGCCGAAGCAGCACUACGAGCUCCCCAGCAUAACGAGCCGCAAACUCCCACUGAUCGUGACGAUCCACGGCAGCGGACGACGGGCGGAGCGUGCACGAGAGUCACUGGUCUCGCUCGCCGACCGCACGGGGUCUGCGAUCCUGGCGCCCUUGUUCCCGACCGGCGUGGGCGGCGAUCCGAACGAGGCCCACAACUACAAGUUCCUCGCGUACCGCGGCAUCCGGUAUGAUUUGAUUCUGCUGGCCAUGCUGGAUGAGGUGGCGGCGCGGUGGCCGGGGGUGGCAACGGAGAAGGUCUUUCUCGUGGGGUUUUCUGGUGGCGGACAGUUUGCCUUGCGUUUCUUCUACUUGCAUCCCCAGCGCAUCAGCGCCGUCAGUGUGGGUGCGCCAGGCGUGGUAACUCGGUUGGAUCCUGUGGUGGAGUGGCCGAGGGGAAUACAAGGAGUCGGAGACGUUUUUGGGGGAUUGGAGGUGAAUGUCGAUAAGUUGAAGGAGGUGCAGCAUGUGCAGUUGAUUGUGGGAGGGGAUGAUGUUGAGAAUGUUGGUGGAGGGCUUUUGCAGUGGCUAAGGAUGAGGAAUGCUAUGUCGGAUCCACUUUCUCAGGCCGUGGGUUCCUUUCAAUUGCCGAAUCGCAAAGAGGCGUUGGAAAGCCUUUAUCAUGAAUUCCUGGGGGCAGGAAUACCUUCUUCGUUUGUGGUGGUCGAUGGGGUUGCACAUGAGAACAUGAAGGUGCUGCCGAGUAUUAUAGAAUUCUUAGAGCCGUUCUUGACAUGA